AUGCUGAGACUAUCUGUGCUAAGGUCAACAGCUACAUUUUCGGUGAAAUGUCAUCGUCGUGGGCUAAUCAUCCCUGCAGCGGCAAUGUACACCUUGGGUUCAUUAAUAUUUGGCAAGGAAGCAAGGUUGGCGGACGCCAUGGAACGUGGUGAGCUACAUAACAAGAACGUUGACUACGCGAAAGAGGCUGAAGAACGUACCGAGUUGCGUAUUAGGGCUCUGGCUAAUACUAGGCCAAUGGGGCCUCAGUACGAAGGCCAUGUUCCCCUCUAUCGGUACGAGAAAUUGUUAUUGUUUGCAAUUUCCGGUUGGAAUUCAUUUUUCCAUCCUGAGGAUGGUUAUAAUAUUGUCCAACUUGGUGAGGCAACUGCAUUGCCUGUCUUCUUGGAGAAUUUGAAACAAACAAUGCUAAGCGAUUCCUCUGGGAGACGUAUUCUAAAGGAACAACCCAAUAUUACAACUGAUAUUUUGCAUAUGGAUAAACUUGCUAAACUGCCACAUAACACUUUUGGGUACGUAUAUUACCAAUGGUUGAAACGUGAAAACGUUUCUCCAGACACCAGAGCACCUGUCAAAUUUAUCGACGAUCCUAUGCAUGCAUAUAUCUUCAAAAGGUAUAGACAAUGCCAUGACUUCUAUCACGCCAUAACCAACAUGCCUAUUAUCAUCGAGGGUGAGAUUACCAUAAAGGCCCUUGAAGGUGCCAACUUGGGCGUCCCCAUGGCUAUUCUCGGUGGCAUCCUUGCACCUUUGCGUUUGAAAAAGGUGCAAAGAAAAAGAUUAUAUGAUAUAUAUCUCCCUUGGGCUGUCAGAACAGGUUUAAGUUGCAAGCCAUUAAUCAAUGUGUACUGGGAGGAAAUGCUGGAGAAAGACGUUGCUACCUUGAGAAAAGACCUGCAAAUAACACUCCCUCCUGAUCUAAGGACAGUGAGGAAGGAGCGUGCAGCUCUUAAGAGAGAAAUUGACGCAAAAUACAGCUUACAUGAUUGA